AUGGUAACAAAUUUUGGAAUGGAGAGUGGCUUUCUUGGCUUCAACUUCGACAACGACGACGAACCUUGUGUCGGUCGUUUUGGGCGUGCCUCGUCUGUCGUCGUAGACAUCCUCGCCAUGGCCCUUCCUACACCACCGAGCACGACUCAUCACGACCGAGACAUCAGGCUGCCCGGCUCGCGUGUCGCAUGGUCACAGCAAAACCAAUACUUUGCAUUUACGGCCAGUCCCAAGGCCAAUAUACCUCUCCCGAGACACCUGGAACAUCCGGCCAAGUCCAUCCUAAAGAAGUGCUCGCAGACUUUCCUUCCCGUCCCGGAAGACGACACGAGAGAGGUCACCCCAGAACCAGAGGACCCUCUGGUCAAUUUAACGUACCUAGCGCGACCGGUCUCUCUGAUAAUUGACCCGCAGUCUUCUUUACGCGACCUCAUUGAGGCUUAUUCCGUCCUCAAUGCACGUAUAAGAGCCGCCGCGACAGAUUCGACCGACGGCGACGCCUCAUGGCCGCUUUUCCAGCCCUUGCGUAAACAUACCCAGGCAUUAGUCGACGGCAUCUGUCGUGACCUGGGCAGAGCACUCACCGAACCCGAUACUAUCACGGUACAGGACGACGAGCCUCCCGUCCUUGACUGUGGCGAUGAAUGCGACGUGGAGGAAACUUGUUCCCUCCUUCCCUCCCCCAAGAGAAGCCCCAAGAAAAAGAAAAAGGGAAUGUCAGCGGCCCAGGUCAAACUCGCACGCGAUUUGUGCACGACAACGCACACCGUUCUCCGGCUCCUCAGUGCCGUAUUCACCUCGUCCGCCGUGUACCAGCUGUUUAGUGAGGCGCAGCUGCGGGAUAUGCUAACGCACGUCCUUGCUAUCCCCAUGGCCGAAGCAUUGCCUACUCCUAACGCGCGCAAGACAUGCGCGCUCUCGAUAUGGCUUCUACAAGUUCAACGAUUACCUGAAGAAGUCCUAUUGCCUGCGCGGGACAGAAUCGCCUUUGCCUUGCGUCGCGGUAUGGAGGGAGAACUUGGUAAGGAAGGGAAAAAAGGAUCAGCUUGCGAUGGUCUCAAAGCCAUCCACGAUCUGUCGUUGUACCAACCCUCUACCUUUGUCCCCGCUUUCGUCGAGCUGCUUCCUUCGAUAUUAUCAAAUCUACUUGCGCCCACGCUGACACUGCGAACACAAGCAUGUCAUGCUCUCGGAGGAUUCGUCCUUGGAGUUAUUGCCUUGCCACCUUCGGUUUUGCACACACGCAUAUCCAACACAGUCGCUGCGUUCUUGACAACAUCGGCUGCUUCCCCUCCACGUACCACCAAAACUGGAAAUACCUCGAAACCCGAACCCCUCAUCGUUCGUACCCUACGUUCAACACUGAACGCUUCCGACCCUACCCAUGUAGCUCAUGGUCCUGUAUGGGCUCUCAGUGUGCUGGCAUGCUUCAUAGUCCUGCUCGGCCCUAAACUCUGCACCGACAUCCAGCUCACUCGCAUAGUGUCCGCGCUGUUGACGCUCGCGAUUCGCAACAAGAAGAGCUCCGUCAGGGCUUUGGGGUGCUUGUUAUGGCGGUGCAUUACAUGGGCCUACAUGCGGCCGCCCCUGAGAUCCGAACUUAACGCAAAACAAGAUAACGAAGGAGUGGGUAUGCAAGACGAGGACAUCCAACUGGCACGGGAAAACUUCUGGAAACUAAUACGUUCCGUCGUCGAUAUGGGCGUCGGUGUUUCGACUGUUGCCGCGCUGAUUACCGAUGAACUCGACGAUGAGGAUCGGCUGAGGAAGGCUAUUGAGCUUGUAAAGGGUAUGAUCCAAAAGGGUUCCCAAGCAUGUGAGGAUGGUAUGGAAAUUACGAGGAUUUUCGUCAGCUUUGAGAACACCGGACAGUCGUGGACGCUGAACAAACUCCUACCUCAUUCCCUCUUUUCGUCUAAUCCGGGUCUGCUCACCGCGGAAUACAACGGCUUGUCAGGCGUAGUGAGACCAAUCUUCGACGAAUGCCCACAAUUCACCGACGUUCGCUCGCUCACUCGAGAAGAACUGUCGCGGGAUUGGGUGUUCGACGAACUUAUAGAACUCUGGAAGAUUGCCCUCAGUUCUUUGCGGAUGACUGAGAAGUAUGCCCUUCCGCUCGAGAUCACUGGGAUAUGGGAAGGUCUCAUGAAAGCCAACGUGGCUUUCCUGUUAGAUGAUCAUAAUGGCAUCGUCAACUUUGGUACUCGGGCUGCAAACUUGUUGGCUGAUAUCCUUGGUGACCACACACUCAACUUCACCUCGGCAGCUGGGGUGACUUCACCAACACCAUCAACUCCUGGAGCUUAUUAUCGUUACGCGCGGAGACUCGAACGCUCCAAAUCGUUCGCUGAGCUAUGGGCAAUUAUGCGCACUACUUUUCCCAACAACCUGCUUCAUAAUGGUGGUGCCAAGAUCCUUGAAUACUUGGUAGAGGAUGAGGAGGUACUCACCGAACAGGCUACGACUGACAACGCAAGGACACAAUGGGCAUAUCUUUGUGCUGAGACCCUAGUCGUCUGCGAUGUCGACGAACUGCGCAAGUUCUGGGUAAGAAGGGCGCGCUCCGUUGCGCUCAUGCCAUAUGAGGCAGGCGUUCAAAAUCUUGUUUGGCGGCGCUUCGUCGAAAAGUGGAGAGAGGAUGCGGAGAGUUCAUGGGAAGGAGCCGUCGUGCUUCUCGGCGUGCCAUUCGACAAAUCGUAUGCCUGGGAACUUAAUAAUGAGGACUUCAACAUAUGGGAUGGUUUCCUUCGUGAUGCCAUGGACCAGGCCAGAGACGGUGGCUUGGACGCAAUGACCCUCCUGGACCAUGUUGCGGAAGAUUUAGCCCGCGUACCCGGUCCUGCGCAAGCUUCCUUUACGCGGAUUGCAGAUCUCCUCCUUACUCACUUCGAAAUUGGAGACGCAAGACAGAUACCCGCUAAUGUCUUCGACUUCGUCAACGACACGCUGCUCUCCACGUAUCCGCCGGAACCUCGCAACUUGAAACCGUGCACAUGGUUAUUAGCCACGCUCACCCGAAUCAUCGAUGGGUGUCCCGUCGAUCGAAUCUUGGACUUGCUACAAACCAUCCAAGACGGCGUCAGCAUUUGGGUUGCAGACGAUCGCAGCGUCUUCUCGGAAGACGAAUACAUCUACGAUGUGUUACCCUUGUAUCAAACCGCCUUGCUGAGCCUCAAGGACCUUCCCGGAGAAAUAGACAUCCUGACUACUCUGUCACCUUUCUUGCACUCUGCCUUCAGUGGGCGAGGUGAAGUGUUGCCAAUCUCCAAAGAGGCAUUUAGGGACUUCUGGAUUACCUCCUUCGCUGAUUGCGACGGGCCUGAAGAGGGGUGGCCUGAAGACAUCCGAGCUUGUCUCCGAUACUGUGGUCUCUCGUCAGAUGACGUCCCAGAAGACCUCUCCAGUGAACUGUCGGAGCCAGCACCUUCAGACGCCACUGUAUGCACGUACCCUGCCUCUGGCACGUCUUCCAGCAGGGCAACGUCGCUAUUGUGUGACGACGAAUCGACAUGUACCACGGUGCAUACAGGAUCCGAGUCCGACUCUGAAUCCGAAGUCGAUUCUGAUGACUUACCUAUCAUCGGUCGACUCAGACCCGCGUCGUUCACGCGCUUCGGAGAUCUGGGCGGCUCGGUCAAGUGCUCAGCUCUUACUCCUGCGCAGGUUUGCACAGUAUUGGCAUUGUCUACACCUAUCAAAAAGCUACAAUCCACCGUCACGCCUCCCCGUCCUCAAAAGCCUGUUACAACUCCAGAGUCGUAUCAGUCGCUUAUUCUUCGUCCGCCUGCCCCAACGCUUCCUAUUCCUCCGAGUGCCCCUUCAACCCCGAAGCGCACACCCCCGGGUCCAAAGUCUUCUUACAGUGUAUCACCAAGCAAGAGGGCCAAGUUACACGACAAAGAAAAUGUCUCACCCAGUCUCCCUCUGUCCGUGAUGGAGCGAUUAUCAGCCAGAUCCAGCCCUGGAUCAAGUCUGAGUACGGCUUCUCCUGUCCUCGGAAAACGACAGGCAUUGGAAGAAUCGCCAUACGAAGGUACACCGAAAAAGGGCCGCACGAUAUCUCCGGCUGCAACCUUCAUCCGUUCGUCCGUCGUUUUUCCAUCUUCGUCUGAAAGCGACUUGGAAGAAGAAAUGGCCGUCGAAGCUAGCCUCUUCGCUCCUCUUGGAAAGAAGCGACCCCGCCGCAACGGCGCUUCACAUACUGAGUUGUCUCAAGAAAGUCCUACUAGCCGGAAGCGCAAACGUUCUCGCCUUGUUUUUGAUGCCGUUGUUGUUCCUCCGCUUGUUGAUGUGCGGCGUCAAUGGCAGUUGCAAAGACGUGCAAGUGCUGAAGAUGCUGCCGCAACCCCGAUGAGCCCUUCUCUUCUCCAUCGCAGACUGUCGCUGCCACACCUUCGUGAUUCCGAUGGUGACACUCUUCCGCAGGCUAAAAGAGUGAAACGAUUGAGACAUUUGGAGGAUGCUGAAUUGUCUGACGCUUCUCCGCGAUCUUCCCUGAAGGCACUCGAAGAUAUCGUCAUAGCAGGAAGUGACGAUUCCAUUAUCAUGGCUGGCCCGCAACCCGAACACCCAAGCUCGGACGACGAUCCACAUAUAGGCCAAGUCUCCCCUCGACAUCUAGCUUCUCCUGCCCCUCGCCGUCGGCUCGGCUUUGACUAUGACUUCUCAAGCGAUGGUUUCUCCUCCAGCCCUUCGAGGGAUCUUAUCGCACGCCGCCAGCAACGCUUUGGUAGCGUCACAGGUCAAACUUGA